GCAUUUUGUCCCUCGUCACUUCCCGUCGUUGUUUUGCGGAACACUUAUGCUUCUAACUCGACCUCGAAAGGUUAUAAGGAAAAAAAAACUGAGGAAGAGAAACCACGAUGUCCAGUACUGUGCUCUGUGGUCGGGGCCGGUUAGUCCUUAGUCAAACUACAGCCCGUAAAGCAUUAGCUGCUCUCAGGGUCACUAGAACCAGAAAUUUUUCUGCUGCAAGUUCAGAUGAGCCUUACAUAGCUGUAUCCCCUGCAGACUCAGGCCCACGGACAGUGUGGCCCGAUGAGAACAUGGGACCAUUCGGACCUCAGGACCAGCGCUUCCAGUUACCAGGAAAUGUUGGCUUUGACUGUCACCUGGAAGGUGUAACGGACCAAAAGAAACCUCCAGUUCACAAGACAGUGCCUGACGUACUCACAGCCCCCAGCAGCACAGAGAGGCACCAGUUCAUACUGGCCCAGUUCGUCAAUGAGUUUCAUGGAAAACUUGGUCCCAUAUCCACAAGAGUCCACAAAGCUGAGGAUUACUUUAAUCUGACAGAAACAGACUGCUCCAUUAGUUCCUGCCCUGAGCUCUUAAAAAAAGAUCUUGAGCUGUUGUUUCCCUCUGCGCCUCCCACCGCCAUCACAGUAGUGACUGUCACACAGAAGGAGGUCCAACAGGACAAAGAUCAGCUGCGCAACAGAUUUGUCAGUGGUGCUAAGGAAAUGUGCUUUGCGUUGUGGACUGCGGGUUACUGGGCAGACUUCAUCGACCCAACUACAGGAGCAGCGUUUUUUGCAUCUCCAUCAAGUCAAACCACACUAAGAACAGAGGAGGAGCUGAGACAUCUGGGCUUUCACAUCGAGGUGUCGGCCUCCUGUACAGUUAUUCGCCACAUUCUCAGAGGCACACCUAUGUUCGUUGGGACUGUUUUUACCAAUGCACCCACUCAGAGUACUACUAUCGCACGACUACAAGGACUUGGAAACGAACCUGACGAUGAGGAAUAGAUUGUUUUAAAUUAUUCCUUAGGACUGAAUCCAAACACAAGGCCUAUAUUUAUGUUUUGAUGAAGCUAAUAUAUGGUAGUGUUUGUCUUACUGUGAUCAACAGUUGUGGGACAAAUGUUAGUUGACAAAGGGCUUGUGUGAGACUUUAAACUGCACCUGAAGGACAGAAUGUCACCAUCACCUCUGUUUGUCCUGCACGACGUCCAGGGAGGAACGCAUCGAGUGCAGGAAGAAGAGAUUUGACUGUAAAUGAAAACGUCAUAUUGUGUGUGGAAAAGCUGUGAUUAAUGUUUCAGAGUGUGAUACUGUCUGUGCUUUAUAAUACAAAGGAAACACAGAUGAAAUGGAAACCCUUCUACUUAACCGAGGCAGCUGUUUGUAGCCAGUGGUAAAGGCUCAGAUUCUGUCACUACAAACCUUCUGCUGAAAUACAUCAGGUCGACACUUUUCAUACUUGCCUUUACAUACAGUAUUGUUUUUAUCUUCCAUUGUACAGAAUCCUAUGAAACUGAUUCUGGUUAUUUUGAAGCACUACAGUUGUUACAGUCAGAACUACUGGACAAAUAAAGUGACUUCUUAUCAAAAUGA